AUGUCCCCAAAGGAGGAAAAGUCAUUCUUCCUUUACCAGACGGGGAAAGACCUUGACGCUCUAUGUCUGGGUAAUCUCAUAUUGGGAGACUAUGCGAAUCCCACAACUGCACGACACUAUAAACAUCGAUUCUUGACGGAUAUCGAAUUAGAAGAACAUGCCUCGGUAUCAGAGCUAACGGAAUGCUCAGUUCGUCGUGGAUCUAGCUACAAUCCCGGGAUAAGCGUAUUCACGAGCGGUUUUGGGCGUGUGUCUCUUGAUAUUGAUUUUGGAGAUGGAAUUAUCGUGAGUGCCGCGAAGGGGAAGCGAGUGGUCCUGAAAAGACUACAUGCUGACACAAGCAAAAACAAAUAUAGACCUGACAGCUUUCUGAACUCGGAGAUAUUGAAGGUAUCAGAAGCUCAAAAUGAACUACGAAAAUGGGUUUCAGCAAGUCGAAGUAACCUGUUCCUCAAACUCAAGGUCUUCCGGACCCCCAAGAUCUGGAUGCUCACAGGCAUGUACAUAUUUGAUGACGCAACUGUAUUUCACAUAAAAAACCAAAGCAUCAAGUCAUCUGUUACUGGAGGUGGUUCAAACAAUACGGUCCUUGAUCUAAUGUCAAUCCCAGUGGGCGCAUCAAUCUCCGUUGGGCGUAACGAAUAUCUCGAAUCAAGAGCGUCUUUCUCCGGCUCUCACGUCUGGGCAGCACAGUAUCGACUCCUCGAAAUCAAAUAUCUCAGGGUUGAGCCCGGGCAGGACUUUGCUGAGCUGCCAAGUUCAAUUCUUCUCUAUCCAAAUCUCACUAGUCAAGGCGACCUCCGGGGUUCAACUGUCGCUAGUACGGCAUACAAGGCACAAUUUAACAUCGCUGAAGAGGAAGUUUUGAAUUCUGAGAUGGAGAGACUGGAUCUGCAGAACGAAGACAAGAAGUACAUGUCUUGCCUGGAAGAUGAAAUUGAACUAAUCGAAGAAAUUCUUGAAGAUGAACCCUAA